UGACUCACUGGCAUUAGUCUUAACUGUGAGCGUCUGAAAAUCGACAGCUCCUCUCAGUCCACGCCUCUUUCUCUCCCUUUUGUUGGUUUUCACGUCUGAAAGCUCCUUAGAAAGCUUUCGAGCGACGAAGCUUCCCUUGCUCGUUCGCUCGAGGGUUUCUUUUUUUCUUUUUUUUUUUUUGACUGCCUAAUUUUCAUUUUUGUUCUUUAUCCUUUUUCUCGCUAUCGAAUUCAGCAAGAUGAGACGCUCCUCAACCAGGAAAACCGGGCCUGCAAAUCCCGCGUCGUCCAUGAAUUCCUCGGCGACUGAUAUCUUUCGCUCUGCCUCAAGCAAAGCUAUUAUCAAGGAGUUGGAAAGGAUUGACCACCUAUUUAACUUGUAUGCAAAUAGGUCUUCUGGCAUGAUUGACCCUGAAGGAAUAGAGGCACUUUGUUCAGAUUUGGAAGUGGAUCAUACUGAUGUUAGAAUACUGAUGCUGGCUUGGAAAAUGAAAGCUGAAAAGCAAGGCUAUUUUACCCUGGAUGAGUGGCGACGAGGCCUAAAAGCACUACGGGCUGACACUAUUAGUAAAUUAAAGAAGGCACUCCCUGAACUGGAGAAGGAGGUUAGGAGGCCGCCAAAUUUUGUGGAUUUCUAUUCCUAUGCAUUUCGCUACUGCCUAACAGAGGAGAAGCAAAAGAGUAUAGACAUUGAAAGCAUCUGCCAAUUGCUGGAUCUUGUUUUAGGGUCACAAUUCCAUCCCCAGGUUGAUAUGCUCAUUGAUUAUCUAAAAACCCAAAAGGAUUACAAGGUGAUAAACAUGGAUCAGUGGAUGGGCUUCCUCCGGUUCUGUAACGAGAUCAGUUUCCCAGACCUGAGCAACUAUGAUCCAGACCUUGCUUGGCCCCUGAUCCUCGACAAUUUUGUUGAAUGGAUGAUAGCUAAGCAAAGCUAGAUUCUGCAUUUUUCUUGGUGAUCUUUAUUCUUGGUCCCAAAUUAUUUCCCAUUUGAGAAGGCAACGUUACUGUCAUAUACCAUUACAUAGUUUCUUGCACUUCUGGGCUAUACUACAAGGUUUUCCCUUAUGUACAAGUCAAUUGAACAUCGAAACAAACAAGAUAGCAUACUCUAAAUAUUUCCAACCGAAACACCAUAUCUGCAGGAUCCCACUAAAAUUUGACACAUGGAACUUCUCACACUUAAGCUGGAACUCGUAGAUGCCUCUUCUCAUCUUUUGCAGAAGUUAGACCUUUGUGGUCUGGAGAUAUGCUUGAAAGAGUUGGUGCGUUACUCAUUUAACUCGCUCCAUUUGUUUUCUUGAACCUUGAUUUACUGGUUAAGCAAUAGCCAUUUAUUAUAGGAAUUGAAAGACAUGGAUUUCUUUUGUUCUGGGAAGGUAGUUACAUACAUUAUAUACCAGUCAGUAAUCCAUUCUAUUACCGGUGAAUGUAGGAGCUCGUUUGUAAAUGGUUAACGAAGCUUCAUAAUUUUCCUGUUUUUCUGUUUUGGAGGCUUGUAUUGGUAAUGUUGGUUGAAUGUCCA